UUUGUUAUUUGAACGCUGUUAGUACCACUUAACAGCAUUGUCAUUGCGACCUCCGACAUGCGAGUUUGUAUGUUCCUGUGCUUCGUGGUGGUAGCUGGGGCGGUUGGCGAAGGAUGCGGGCCAGGUGAAAAGUUCGAUCGUUGCGGGCCGGCGUGCGAACGCACCUGCGACCGGCCCAAUCCUACCUGCACGCAGCAGUGCGUCGAGGGUUGCUUCUGCCUCGCUGAUAGACUGCGCGACGACGACACCGGACUCUGUGUUGAGGUCUCAGAAUGUCCUACUCUAUUUAAGAAACGAAAAAGAAGUCUAUUCAAGGACCCUUCGUGCAAGGAGAAUGAGGAGUUCAAGCUGUGCGAAACGUGCUACAAGAGUUGCGAUAACCCGCAGCCGUCCUGCUCUGACCACUGCGAGCGCGGCUGCUUCUGCAAGGAGGGGCUCGUGAGGGAUAGGGACGGACGAUGCGUUGCGCUCGACCAAUGCUCGCCGAACAACGGCACAUCAGGUCGCACGCAAGCUUGUGGACCGCACAAGGUGUUCGUGAAAUGCAAGUUAUGUGAGAAAUCAUGUAGUAACCCGCUGCCGCACUGC